AUGGGAACCCCUACCCAGCCGCUUGAGGAGACUGUGGCUGGUUCUGGGCCCACGUCCAGCUCACCAUGGGAUCCCUUCAUCUUCAGCGACCCUCAUCCGCGCUGGGACGCAGUUCCCUUCUUCCUGUUCAUCAUCUUCACAGUGUACACCAUGCUGCCUUUCCAGAUGUGCUAUGCUGUGGUGCUCAGUGUGAUCUCCUCACUCUCUCACAUCAGUGUCCUCACUCUACGCCUCACUUCUUCAACACCAAGAUCCCAGUCUUCUGGCAAUCAGUGUCCCCAGCUGCUGUCCAAUGCGGUGGUGUUUCUGUGUGGCAGUGUGGUGGGGGCCUUCCAUAAGGUCCUGAUGGAGAGAACUAAGACAGACCUUCCAGGAUACACCAGAUGUCUGGGCAUCCGCAUGAAGCUGGAGAUAGAAAAGAGACAACAGGAGAACCUGCUGCAGUCUGUGCUGCCGGUCUACAUCUCCAUGAAGAUGAAGCUGGCCAUCAUGGAGCGUCUGCAAGACUGCAAAGACAAAGAAGAGCAGCAACGACUCGUCAAAGACAACAACUUUCACAGUCUCUACGUCAAGAGACAAGAACGUCAGGUACAUAUUCUGUAUGCUGACUAUGUGGGCUUCACCCGAUUGGCCAGCGACUGCUCUCAAGAGCUGGUCAUCAUGCUCAACGAGCUUUUUGGGAAGUUUGACCAGAUUGCAAAGGAGAACGAGUGCAUGAGAAUCAAGAUUUUGGGAGACUGCUACUACUGUGUGUCUGGCCUGCCUGUCUCCCUGCCCAUGCAUGCCAAGAACUGUGUGAAGAUGGGUCUGGACAUGUGUGAGGCCAUCAAACAGGUGCGCGAGGCCACAGGUGUGGACAUCAACAUGAGAGUGGGCGUUCACUCCGGCAAUGUGCUCUGCGGUGUGAUUGGCCUCCGCAAGUGGCAGUUUGACGUUUGGUCACAUGARGUCACCCUGGCCAAUUAUAUGGAGUCUGGAGGCUUACCUGGGCGUGUCCACAUCACUGAGGCCACCCUGAAGCACCUGAACAAGGCCUAUGAGGUYGAGGAGGGGAACGGUGGGCUAAGAGAUGCCUACCUGAAGGAGCUCAACAUACAGACAUACCUUGUCAUCGAUCCUCGGUCUAAGGACCAGGCUCUGAACAGCCGCAGCAUGCCCAAGCCGCGUGUGAAUGAUGGGCUGAAGAUGCGGGCGUCAGUGAGAAUGACCCGUUACCUGGAGUCCUGGGGCGCCGUCAAACCCUUCGCCCACCUACAGAGCAGAGAGGGGUACACCACAGACACCAUGGUCAAUGGAAAAUCACGCUGCAAGGACAUCCCUCUGCGCACAGCUCACUCGAAGAUCACUGAGAGCUUUGAUGAGUCUGUAGAGGAGCCCUUCUCCUCGCCCGCCCCUCCGCUCAGCACCUAUAAGAACAAGUCCCAGAAGAGCAAGUUUGAUGAGGAGCUGCACAAUGAGAUGACCACCACCAUCGAUGAGCUCAGCAGCAAGCAGUGGGUGAAGUCUGAGGAGAUUAGCAGUCUGGCUGUGUGGUUCCCUAAGAAAGAGCUGGAGAAACAGUACCGAGCCAUUGAUCUGCCCAUGUUCAAGCACUACAUCGGCUGUGCCACCUUCAUCUUCUUCUGCAUCUUUGUGGUUCAGAUGUUUGUGACAAAAGAUUCCAAAAUGUUGGGAAUGUCGUUUGGAGUGCUGGCCUGUGUCCUCCUGUUGACCCUGGGCAUCUGUUUCGCAGGUCACCUGCAGCGGUUGUUUCCGGAGAAGUUGUCGUCCUGCCAGUGGCUGCCUGCUGUGUCCGAGGCAGUGGUCAAGAGGCCGUGUGUGCGCCUCCCUCUGGUCACUAUCACCACUGCGGUCAUCAUCAUCCUAGCAGUCUUCAACCUGUGCUUCAUCCAGACGAAGUCACCGUGUGAUAUCAAUGGUAACCCUGAUCUGAUUCGAUCUGACAACUCCAGUGAGCAGCAUCCAGGCAGCCUGUUCUACCUGCCGUACUCUGUGUUCAGCUGUAUCCUGGCUCUCAUAGCUUGUGGAGUGUUCCUGAGGGUGAGCUUUGAGCUCAAAGUGGUCUUCCUCAUCCUGGCCUCCACAGCCUACUACAUCAUCAUCCUCAGCGCCAAGGCUGGUCUCUUCAGCUGCUAUGGACGCAUGCUUUACAACCAACUCAAUGAAAACAAAACUGAGGACUCUGGGACCAUCCUGAGAGCGUUGGGGCUGGUCAAACACCCUGAGGUGAUGAGCUGCAUAUACAUCACCUUGUUCCUGGUCACCAUGCUCAUCAUCUCACAACAGAAUGAGUCAUGCUUCCCAGACUUCCUUCUGAAGAACAAGAACCGUACGGAGCAGGAUGAGAUCGAGACCAGGGAGAACCUGAACCGCCUGCUCCUGGAGAACGUGCUGCCCCAUGUGGCUCGCUGUUUGUUGGGAGAAUAAAAGAACGAGGAUCUGUACUACAAGUCAUAUGACUGUGUGUGUGUGAUGUUCGCCUCGGUACCGGACUUCAAAGAGUUCUACACGGAGUGUGACAUCAACAAGGAAGGUCUGGAGUGUCUGAGGCUCCUCAACGAGAUCAUAGCAGACUUUGAUGAGCUGCUGUCCAAGCCCAAYUUCAGUGGAGUUGAGAAGAUCAAGACCAUCGGAAGCACUUAUAUGGCGGCCGCUGGGCUGAGUGGCACCCCAGGACAGGAGAAUAACCAGGAUCGAGAUAGGCAGCAGGCACAGAUAGGGAACAUGGUCGAGUUUGCCAUUGCCCUCAUUGGCAAGCUGGAUGGCAUCAACAGACACUCCUUCAACAGUUUUAGGCUGCGUGUGGGUGACAUUAACCAUGGGCUGUUAUUGUCGGGUGAUUGGAGCCAGAAACCUCAGUAUGACAUCUGGGGCAACACCGUCAACGGCAGUAGGAUGGAGAGCACUGGAGAGCUGGGCAAGAUUCAGGUCACAGAGGAGACGUCAGACGUGCUCCAGAAGCUGGGCUACUCCUGCGAGUGCCGAGGCUCAUCAGCGUCAAGGAGAAAAGGCGAGCUGACAACCUUCUUUGUGUGCACAGACAUGAGCAAGCAGCAGGGAAUGGGCCUGAGCUGAGGUCUACUGUGUGUGACUCUGGGCCUGGUAGCGCAUACGUGUGCUGGGUCGGUCACAGGACACAGUCUAGCAUUCAGCACAGACUAAUUACAUGACCGCACAUAAGUUAACACUCUUAGAGUAAACCUACCGGGCACACAUAUAAUCCAUCCCAGUGCUUCAGUCAGCAUGAUCCUGACCGGACAAGAUCAAGACCUGACCUUGUGGUCCUAGAGGUUAUAUUUUGGAUUAUUCGUGUUUCCAGGAAUCCCUUUGGGAGAUUCUUCAUUGGAAAUAAAUGCUUAGUGCUGCGUUUAUUUAUUUUUUA